CAACGCUAUUCGGCUACAUGGUAAGAGUUGUACGAUAACGAAAAAAGAAAAAUCUUCAGCGUUUCUUUCAAGGCACUAGAAAUAUCUAACUGGACCACACGGUUAUUCGUUAGAUAUUUCGCUAGUUUUGGAAUCUCCUACAAUUCCGGUGAAAAUGACGGCGGAGGUCAAAAAAGGUUUGACAAAAGAAAAUCCUCAUCUCCAAAGCACUUUCGUGUGCCUCUGCUUUACUCGGUUCGAAACAAAUGGCGAUUAACGGUGAUAGUAACGUCAUUAACCGGGAUGCUUUCCGUCAAGCCGUCGUUAACACCCUCGAACGGCGGCUAUUCUACGUACCAUCGUUCAAGAUUUACGGCGGUGUUGCCGGGCUUUACGAUUAUGGGCCACCGGGCUGCGCCGUUAAGGCUAACGUCCUAGCGUUCUGGCGUCAGCAUUUUGUGUUGGAAGAGAAUAUGUUGGAAGUGGACUGCCCGUGCGUGACACCAGAAGUUGUGUUAAAAGCAUCGGGUCAUGUGGAUAAAUUCACUGACCUUAUGGUGAAAGAUGAAAAAACUGGAACUUGUUACCGUGCCGACCAUUUGCUGAAGGAUUUUUGCAAGGAUAAGCUGGAGAAGAAGGAUAUUAACAUCACAGCUGAGAAGGCUGCUGAGCUGAAGCAUGUUCUGGCUGUUUUGGAUGACCUUUCUGCUGAAGAAUUGGGUGAAAAGAUUAGGGAGUAUGGCAUAGUUGCUCCUGAUACUAAGAACCCACUUUCUGAUCCUUACCCUUUUAAUCUCAUGUUUCAAACCUCAAUUGGUCCAUCUGGGUUGAGCCCUGGGUUUAUGCGCCCUGAGACAGCCCAAGGCAUAUUUGUUAACUUUAAGGACCUGUAUUACUAUAAUGGGAACAAGCUUCCUUUUGCUGCAGCACAAAUUGGUCAGGCGUUUAGAAAUGAGAUAUCUCCCCGCCAAGGUCUACUAAGAGUUCGUGAGUUUACACUGGCUGAGAUUGAGCAUUUUGUGGAUCCAGAGGACAAGUCACACCCAAAAUUUUCUGAAGUUUCCAAUUUGGAAUUCUUAAUGUUCCCAAGGGAAAAACAAGUGUCUGGAGAACCUGCAAAAAGAAUAUGUCUUGGUGAAGCAGUUUCUAAGGGCAUUGUCAACAAUGAGACACUGGGCUAUUUUAUUGGAAGGGUGUAUCUUUUCUUGACAUAUCUGGGUAUUGACAAAGAUCGAUUACGUUUUAGGCAGCAUCUGGCAAAUGAGAUGGCUCACUAUGCUGCAGACUGUUGGGAUGCUGAAAUAGAAUGCUCUUAUGGCUGGAUUGAGUGUGUUGGUAUUGCAGAUAGAUCUGCAUAUGAUUUGCGAGCUCACACGGAUAAGAGUGGUGUUCCCCUUGUGGCACAUGAAAAAUUUGCAGAACCAAGGGAAGUGGAGAAACUUGUUAUUGCACCAGUUAAAAAGGAGCUGGGCCUUGCGUUCAAGGGUGACCAAAGGAUGGUUUGUGAAGCACUGGAGGUCAUGAGUGAAGAAGAAGCUAUGGAAAUGAAAGCCAAUUUGGAGUCCAAGGGGGAAGUGGAGUUCCAUGUAUGCACUCUUGCUAAAGAUGUUACCAUAAAUAAGAACAUGGUGACAAUCUCCAAGGAAAAAAAGAAGGAAUAUCAGAGGGUUUUCACUCCAUCAGUGAUUGAGCCAUCUUUUGGUAUUGGACGGAUAAUCUACUGUCUUUAUGAGCACUCAUUCUACACAAGGCCUAGCAAGACUGGUGAUGAGCAGUUAAAUGUUUUCCGUUUCCCUCCACUUGUGGCACCGAUCAAAUGCACUGUGUUCCCACUAGUGCAAAAUCAACAAUAUGAGGAAGUUGCUAAACACAUUUCUCAGAUUUUAACUGCUGCUGGAAUAUCAUAUAAGAUUGACAUGACAGGUACGUCCAUAGGGAAGAGAUAUGCUCGAACAGAUGAACUUGGUGUACCAUUUGCCAUAACAGUGGAUUCAACUUCCUCAGUGACAAUCCGGGAGAGGGACAGCAAAGUUCAGAUCCGUGUUAAUGUGGAGGAGGUAGCAAGUGUGGUGAAAGAGGUGACUGAAGGUCAAAGCACAUGGAAUGAUAUGCUCUUAAAAUACAAUGCUCCAACAGUGGUGGAUGAUGAAUGAUCCCAAGAGGUUUUAGUUCUGCUAGUUGUAUGUGAGUUGAUUCUUACUAUCCUUGGGAAAAUCACACAGGGAAAAGUUAUCCUUCUGGUUUUACUUUUUCAGUGUUUAUCUUGUCAAACAUGCAUCAUGCUGCUACUAAGAUACUGGUUAUUAUACAGUGAGUUUUGGAACAAAAGUAUACUAUUUGUUGUCGUCUAGUCAGUUCAGAAUUAUGGCAACGAUACUUUGAUUGUCAACGUUUAACAUAAAUAAGAUUUCUUCCUUCAUUACAA